AAAUAUGCUGGUGUUGUAUUUAUUUUAAUCACAAAAAUUGGUACACACAAAAUGAAGAUUUUAUAAAUAAUUCCUUUGAUACAUACUUUUGGUAUUUCUAUACAUUACAUGUAUUGGAUUGUUUCAUAAAUUUUUUGAUUAUUAUAUAUAGUAGAUAUAUUUAUUUAUUAGUUAAAUUAUUUGUAAAUUAAAAAUUUCGCCCAUAGUUUUUAUUACAAUAUGUAGGAAAAUAAUAUUAAUUUGUAAGAUUUUUUUAUUUAAAUAUAUCUAUUUAUACAUAUCAUUAUUAUAAACCAUAAAGUAUUUAUGUAAUAUAGAUAAAAAAAAUCGACGAUUUAAGAUUUUUUAGAUUAUUAAUCAAUAACUGUUUACUUUUGCUAUAUUAUCUAUUUGUAGAACAAAUAGAGGAAAAAAAGAACAGAGAUAUAGAAAUUGACCGUCAAUCUUUUUACUUUAUUUUUAUUUUUCUCUCACAUUUGCUCUUCUUGUCUAUAUUCAAUCCUGGCGUAUAAAUAGAGAUUAUAUACAAGAUUGGAUACAUCGCUGGAUACAUUUUUUUCAUGGUUUCUUUUUUAAAACUAUUUACUAAUGUCCUUUAAUCUUUAAUAUAAAAAAUAUAAUAUAAAUCUCUCUCUCAUAAUAUAUUUAUGAUAUAAAUUAGGAUUAGACUGUUAUAUUAAAUGUUGAAAUAUUGCCAAUAUACUAUAAUAUAUUAUUUAAAAUAUUUACAAGAAAUCUGUAAUUAGAUAUAUUAAAGUGGAGAUGUUAAUAGAUUUACACGUGAUUUUAUAUUGCAUGAUAUAAUAUGCAAAAUUCUGUAAUAUAUCUGAAACGACAAUAUGUCGUUUCUCGAAAAAUUCUUGGAUAUUUAUUUAAAUAUAAUUUAAAGAAACAUGAAGUAUUUAAUACCCUGUCUACAAAUAUUAAUUUUCACAAUCAUAUGAAUAGGUUAUGUUUCCCAUUAUCACAUUCGUUAUGUGUUAUAAAACAUAAAGAAUUAUCUGAAAUACAAUCAUUAAUUUCAAAUAAUGAAUUUUUUACAAUUUAUUUUUCAAAAUUGUGCAAUAAAAGAAAUUUUAAUACAAGUUCUACUAAAAAUCAACAAACAUCCAAUGAUGAUUCUGGUGAUCCUAAUAAAGAUCCCAAAAAAUCCAAUGAACAUAAUAUAUUUUUUUUUAAAGCGUCUAUCGUUGUUACUUUAUUUUUAAUGUACUAUCUUUUAUUCUCUGGAAUAAUGGAACGUUUUGUUGUAAUGAUGCAUUGGAAUGAAUUUAUAAAUGAAAUGCUUUUAAAAGGUCAAGUUCAAGAAAUUAUAAUUUAUCCAGAUUUUAUACAAGGUAUAGUAAAAAAAGGUGCUACAUAUAAAGGAAGAUAUAUUUUUUAUAGACGUCUUCAAUUUCAUGAUGUCCCUGAUUUAAAAAAUGUUGAAGAAAAAAUUAGAGCAUUAGAAAGACGCAUUGGAAUUAGAAUGGAGGAUGGCAUUUCAAUUAGAUACAUUCAUUUGAAUGAGCAAUUGGCUGUAACAGAAAUUCUUCAAACAUUGCUUUUUCUUGUCCUAUUUUUUGCAUCUUUUCUUCCAGUAGUAAAACAAAAAUUUAAGAGUUUUACUUCUAUAAAUAAAGCAAAAUAUACUUUAGUGGAACCUUUUUCUGGUAAAGGUGUUCGUUUUAAAGAUGUAGCUGGUUUAAAAGAAGCCAAAAUAGAAGUUAUGGAAUUUGUUGAUUAUCUUAAAAAUCCUGAAAGAUAUACAAAACUUGGUGCUAAAGUACCUAAAGGAGCUUUACUCUUAGGUCCACCAGGUUGUGGUAAAACACUUUUAGCUAAAGCUGUUGCAACUGAAUCAAAUGUUCCAUUUCUGUCAAUGAAUGGAUCUGAAUUCACUGAAUUAAUAGGUGGAUUAGGUGCAGCACGUGUUAGGGAUUUAUUUACAGAAGCAAAAAAAAGAGCUCCUAGUAUUAUUUACAUAGAUGAAAUUGAUGCAAUAGGCAAAAAACGAUCAGAUUCAUUCAGUGAAUUCACUAAUUCUGAAUCAGAGAGAACACUAAAUCAACUAUUAGUAGAAAUGGAUGGAAUGAUAGCAACAAAGGAUAUUAUUAUUUUGGCUUCAACAAAUAGAGCAGAAGUUUUGGAUAAAGCUUUAUUAAGAUGUGGUAGAUUUGAUAGACAUAUUUUGAUUGAUCUUCCUACUUUAGAAGAGAGAGGACAAAUUUUUGAAUAUCAUCUUCAGUCAUUAUUAUUGAAAGACAAACCAAUAAAAUAUUCUAAAUAUUUAGCUCAUCUUACUCCUGGUUUUAGCGGAGCUGAGAUAGCAAAUGUUUGUAAUGAAGCUGCAUUACAUGCAGCAAGUGAAAAAAAGAUUAAAGUUGAUGAUAAUGAUCUCAUGUAUGCAGUUGAUAAAAUAUUAGGUGGCUCAAUAAAAAAAUCUAGUACAUUGACACCUUCUGAGAAAAAAGUUAUUGUUUAUCAUGAAGCCGGUCAUGCAUUAACGGCAUGGUUAUUAGAACGUGCAAAUCCUUUAAUUAAAAUAACUGUAGUACCAAGAACAAAUAAACGUUUGGGUUUUUCUCAAUUUUCUGAUUCAAAUCUGAAACUUCAAAGUUCAGAACAUAUUUUUGAACGUAUGUGUGUAUUAUUAGGUGGUAGAGUUGCUGAAAAUAUAAUGUUUAAUAAAAUUUCAACUAGUGCACAAAAUGAUUUAGAAAAAGUAACGGAAAUGGCAUAUUGUCAAGUUCAACAAUUCGGAAUGAGUCCUUCUGUGGGUUUAGUUUCUUUUGAUAAAGAAUUAACAACUAUGAAUACUAAAAAACCAUAUAGUAAAAAAUUAGGAAGUUUAAUGGAUGCAGAAGUACGAAGAAUAAUAAUUGAAGCAUAUAAAACAACUGAAAAAUUAUUACAAGAUAAUAAAGAUAAAUUGAUAAUACUAGCUGAAACUCUUCUAAAAAAAGAAACUUUGACAUAUAAAGAUAUAGAAGCAUUAAUUGGACCUCCACCUUUUGGAAAGAAAGAUCUUACAGAAUUGCAAGAAUAUGAAGAAUAUAAUCCAGGCACACAAUAAAUAAACAUUAGCGAUAUUUUAAAAGAUAUUUAUAUAAUAUUAUUAAGUUGUUAGUAGAAGAAAUAUCUUUAUUAUAUAUUUAAUAUAUUUAAUUAAUAUAAAAUAAAUAUAAUAAUAUUAUUAUCUUGAUUAUCUGUAAUAAUAUCUUCAUAAAAGAAAAUGUUUACUUUUCCAAAGGAUAAGAAAAAAAUCACAAUUUAGUAAAAAAAGUAUUUAUUAAUUAUAUUUUGAAAAAAUUAAAAUAUAAAUCAACUCCAUAGUAUAAAAAAUGAUUAUUUAAAAUUUUUCAUUAUAUAAAAAAAUAUAUAUUUAUAGUUGUAUAUUGCGCAAUAUAAACGUAUUAAUUGUAUUUCAAAUUGUAUUUUGUAUAUAAAAUAAAAAUUACUGAUUAUAUACUAUGAUAAAAAA